AUGUCAACAAUACAGCAGAUCAAGAACUUUAUCCGACACGGCAAGCAAGCCCGUGCCGCCAACGAUGACCUGUCGCGCGCCAAACAGGACAAGCAUCAUCAUAGUUCGACGCGUGCUGCUACGACUGAGCCGACUCAGUCGCUGAAGCAGAAGAAAAUCCCGACCGACAGCAUCGCGAAAAUCGUCGCUGAGGAGAAUGCAAAAAAGAGCAAAUUUCCUCACUAUCCGGGCUUGGAGCGCUGGGAGCUGAUUGAGAAGAUGGGCGACGGUGCCUUCAGUAAUGUUUACCGUGCCCAGGAUCGUGAGGGAGACUAUGGCCAGGUGGCGAUCAAAGUCGUGCGCAAAUUCGAAAUGAGCAGUCAGCAGAACGACAAUCUUCUCCAUCCUGAUUUUAAGGCCAAGGCCCCGAAGGCCGUAGAGCGGGCAAAUAUUUUGAAAGAAGUCCAGAUCAUGCGCCAGCUGGACCAUCCAAACAUCAUCAAGCUCAUCGACUUUUCCGAGUCUCGCCAGUAUUACUACAUCAUUUUAGAGCUCGCGCCCGGUGGGGAGCUCUUCCAUCAAAUUGUGCGCUUAACUUACUUCAGCGAAGAACUCGCACGACACGUAAUCACCCAGGUUGCCAAAGCUCUCGAGUACCUCCACGAGGAAAGAGGAAUUGUGCACCGUGACAUUAAGCCUGAGAAUAUCCUCUUCUAUCCCAUCCCAUUCAUCCCAUCUAAGCAUCCCAGGCCCACACAACCUGGCGAUGAGGAUAAGGUUGACGAGGGCGAGUUUAUUAAGGGUGUCGGUGGCGGCGGCAUCGGCCAAAUCAAAAUAGCCGAUUUCGGCCUGUCCAAGGUCAUCUGGGAGAACCAGACCAUGACGCCUUGCGGUACUGUUGGCUAUACAGCGCCAGAGAUUGUCAAGGACGAGAGAUACUCAAAGUCUGUAGAUAUGUGGGCCCUCGGCUGCGUUUUGUACACGCUCCUUUGUGGGUUUCCACCAUUCUACGACGAAAGCAUCGAGGCUCUCACCGAAAAGGUCGCCAAAGGCCAGUACACGUUCCUUUCUCCUUGGUGGGAUGACAUCAGUUCCUCAGCCAAGGACCUGAUCUCGCAUCUUCUCUGCGUUGAUCCAGAUAAACGAUACACCAUCAAGGAAUUCCUCGCACACCCCUGGAUCCGGGAGUCUGGUCCUACUCCUCACGAGGAAAAGAAGCCAACACCCACUCCCGAAGUUGCCCUGCCGCCUGAGAUGACCAAGAUCGUUGAGGGAGACAGGCGCUACGAUUUCCGUUCGCCAGCUGCCGUUAAUCUACGCGAGAUCUUCGAUGUUGGUUAUGCCGUGCACCGGCAAGAAGAGGAGUCCAAGCGCCGCAAGCACCUAGGUGGUCUAUCUCGUCUCAGCGAGGUCGACGAGGACGUUGAAAUGGAAGAAGGGAUAUCCAAGAUGGAAGGCCAGCAGCCACAUAAUGGGACGCACCAGCUUGAAGAGCGUAUGCGCGAUACCCAAAUCUCUGAUUCACAGCAGCAACGUGGCCGGGACCGCGAGAAGAAAGCAUACGUCCCCCCUGCUGCCCAGGCUUCUUCACCUGUUGAGCAGCGAGGCUAUGGCCAACACUCGGCUGCCGUUGCUGCAGCUGCUAGAAAGCACAUCCGUGAGACUCAGAAGCAGAAGGGCGUCUUUGAGCUCAAUCUUGAGGGCGCUACUCUGCUGGGAAGAAGGGGUAUGAAGCCUGCCACCGCCCAGGCCCAGACUCAGAAGGUUGCUUAG